AUGACUGACUUCCACCCCUCGCACCCCAACCCAGGGUUCGGGAACCUGUCUUUGAUGGAUAUUAUCACAGCCGCUGGGGCAAUCGGGAGGAUGUCUAUCGAAGUCUUCUUCUUCAUUCUCGGCAGCGUGUUCAAGAACAACAAGAAUGGGGACCAGAAGAACAACCUGCGUUUCUUUAUCCAACGCAGACUCUUGACCUAUCUACCCAUUUCCGUCCUGCGGCGUCCAUCAAAGAGUCUAGACAAAGCGCUGAGUUCCAAGAGGUAUGCUGGCCUCCGCCACUCUUUCAUCGAGGGGGUAAGGCGUGAGGACUUUAGUGCGAUAUGGUUCUGCAAUCCUAAGUUAGGUGACACCUCCAGCCCUUUCACCGUCGCCGAUAUGGUAAUAUUAUUUGCCCAUGGCGGUGGGUACGUCGUGGGACAGCCAGAGAUGUAUACAUCACUGCUUAUGCGCGUCGCUGAGGGUAUCGAGUCUUCAGGUCGGACCAUCGCCAUCUGCGCUCUUGACUACGCGCUCGCGCCGGAAUAUGUUUUCCCACGGCAGCUGGAACAGAUGACGGCUUGCUGGGACUAUAUAACAACAGAGCUAGGCAUUCCCUUGUCAAAGAUAGCCCUCAUAGGGGACUCGGCUGGAGGAUCAUUGUGCCUUUCUCUCCUGGCGCACAUGGAAAGCCCAGCACCUGGUGUACCUAGAGCCAAGAUUUCUGGUAGCCCAGGCAUGGGGGUGUACCUCAUCAGCCCUUGGGUCAGCCUACUUAGCGAAAAGGGGUACCCUGACAAAGAGGACACCGAUGUGCUUGAUGCAAGAGCCUUACGUAAGUGGGCCGCCAUGGUGACCUCAGGAGUGGACGUUAGCGUGAUGCAGAAGUAUCUGGAGUUUGCCAAUAGCCGUGAUGACCUGAGGAAAAUCCUUCCCAGCCGCACAUGGGUAUCUUCAGGAUCGGAUGAAGUCUUCCUCCAUAACAUCUCGGCGUUUGUGAAUACCGCUAGGGCCAGCGGAUGUCGAGUAGACUUUGAGGUGAAGGAUGGUCAAGCACAUGACUGGCAGUUGAUGGAGACUUUGGACCACGAGGACGAAUUCCUGUCCCAGGAAUAUCCUGUGCUUGGCGCCGAUUCAAUGACCGGUGCUGCAUCUAUUGCAAAGGCUCUGAUGGUUGGUUACAAUUGGAAGGGAUAG